UCGUCAGUGAUAUUAUGGGAUAGAUAAUUUUGCAAAAUGGCGACGCAACCCACAACAAGGGAAGAAAUUGAAGAACAAGUGCGAAACUUACAAAAUAAAACAAAGAAUUUGUCAGCAGCAAAUGUUCCUCCUGCAGAGGAUGAUGAUGAGUCCAGAUUGGGUUUAGGAGAACUUGCACAGGAUGAUUAUAUUUAUACAACAGAUAAACACAAAUUUGCUGGAUAUGAUUUAUCAAUUGCAGCAAAUGAAGAACCAGAUGAAGAUGUUGAAGAUACAAUUGUUCCAGGGAAAUCCAGAUCAACAUAUACAGCCCCUUUGAACUUGCUAAACGACACACUAAAAGACAAAGACUAUGAUCCGUUGGCAGAUCGACGACCACAGAGAGUUUCUGAUAAAGGUGGAAACUACCGCCCUCACCUGCAGUCUCGAAUCAUCUCCCCAGAGCGAUAUGACCCCUUUGCAAACGGAGGAGAAACUCCCGAUGUUAACGCCUACACCUACGCCAAAGUCAGGGCCUCACAACUUUUGGACAAUGAAAAGAAACGACUACAGCAGCAGAUGGUGGAGAAGGCCAAGUCAGGUGACCUGCGAGUACAGAAUGGGUCCAGUGGUGACGCAGGAGUCAAGGUUCAGCAGGCAGCUCCACAGGAGAAGAAGAAACGUCGAUGGGACCAAGCCUCAGAUGACACACCGGCAAAGAAAACAAAGAGUACAUGGGAUAAGGAGGAGGCAGCGACCCCGUCAAACAGUCGCUGGGAUGAGACCCCAGGCCGUGCCAAGGGGGCUGAAACACCAGGUGCCACACCAGGACAGAGUACGAGAAUGUGGGACGCUACACCUGGACAUGCUACUCCUGGGGCUGCCACACCAGGGCGGGGUGAUAGUACCCCAGGGCACCAGGCCACGCCCAGCUCACGCAAAAACAGAUGGGAUGAAACUCCUCGCACAGAAAGGGAAACCCCAGGACAUGGUAGUGGUUGGGCUGAGACCCCAAAGACAGACAGGGGUGGGGACCUAAUACAGGAUACCCCCACACCGGGAGCUAGUAAACGACGGUCACGUUGGGAUGAAACCCCGGGGGCAACACCUGCUGGUAACAUGACCCCAGGGAACAUGACCCCAAGUAUGACCCCUGCUGGACAUACCCCAGGGGGCUCCACUCCAGUGGCCUUCACUCCCGGUGGAGGUACGCCAGGAGGAUCAACUCCGAGUGGUUUUACUCCUACGGGGAAGACACCCACAGGACAGAAGGCCAUGGCCAUGGCCACCCCUACUCCAGGCCACCUCAUGUCUAUGACGCCAGAACAGCUUCAGGCCUACACCUGGCAGAAAGAAAUUGAUGAGAGGAAUAGACCCUUGUCUGACGACGAACUGGACACCAUGUUCCCUCAGGGCUAUAAGGUAUUACAACCACCUGCGGGUUACAUCCCAAUCAGAACACCUGCUCGGAAACUGAUCGCCACACCUACACCUAUGGCAGGAACGCCUCAGGGAUUUCGAAUGCAGACGCCAGACAGCAAGGGAGUCCAGGUUGUGGAUAUGCAGCCAAAGGGCAAUCUCCCGAUGAUGAAACCCGAUGACAUGCAGUAUUUCGACAAAUUAUUGGUUGAAGUGGACGAGGAAGCCCUGUCACCAGAAGAACAGAAGGAAAGGAAAAUUAUGAAGCUUCUGUUGAAGAUUAAGAAUGGUACUCCUCCGAUGAGAAAGGCUGCGUUGAGACAAGUGACAGACAAGGCGCGUGAGUUUGGAGCAGGGCCCCUGUUUAACCAGAUCUUACCACUCCUCAUGUCUCCCACACUCGAGGAUCAGGAGCGUCAUUUACUGGUCAAGGUCAUUGACCGCAUCCUGUACAAACUGGACGACCUGGUACGACCGUACGUCCACAAAAUCCUUGUCGUCAUUGAACCUCUGCUGAUUGAUGAGGAUUACUAUGCUCGUGUGGAAGGCAGAGAAAUCAUCUCAAAUUUGGCAAAGGCGGCAGGCCUUGCGACCAUGAUCUCCACCAUGAGACCAGAUAUUGACAACAUGGACGAGUAUGUACGUAACACAACUGCACGAGCCUUUGCCGUGGUUGCCUCUGCCCUUGGUAUCCCCUCACUACUACCCUUCCUUAAGGCUGUCUGUAAGAGCAAAAAGAGCUGGCAGGCUAGACAUACUGGCAUCAAGAUUGUACAACAGAUCGCUAUCCUCAUGGGCUGUGCCAUUCUGCCCCAUCUGAAAAAUUUGGUGGAAAUCAUUGAACAUGGUCUCGUAGAUGAACAACAGAAGGUGCGUACCAUCACAGCUUUGGCUCUGGCUGCUUUAGCUGAGGCAGCCACACCGUACGGUAUCGAGUCAUUUGACAGCGUCCUCAAACCCCUCUGGAAGGGUAUUCGACAACACAGAGGAAAGGGUCUGGCAGCUUUCCUCAAGGCCAUUGGUUAUCUCAUUCCCCUUAUGGAUGCUGAGUACGCCAACUACUACACCCGUGAAGUGAUGUUGAUCUUAAUUCGAGAGUUUCAGUCACCUGAUGAAGAAAUGAAGAAGAUUGUGUUGAAGGUGGUAAAACAGUGCUGUGCCACUGAUGGUGUGGAACCCCAGUACAUUAAGGAGGAAAUCCUACCGCCAUUCUUCAAACACUUCUGGAACCAGAGGAUGGCACUUGACAGACGAAAUUACAGACAAUUGGUUGAUACAACAGUGGAAAUAGCGAACAAGGUUGGGGCGGCUGAAAUCAUUGGGCGUGUGGUGGAUGACUUGAAAGACGAGGCAGAACAGUACCGUAAGAUGGUGAUGGAGACGAUCGAGAAGAUCAUGGGUAAUCUCGGAGCCGCAGACAUCGACUCGCGACUGGAGGAACAGCUGAUCGACGGCAUUCUAUAUGCAUUCCAAGAACAGACCACAGAGGAUGUGGUGAUGCUGAAUGGCUUUGGUACAGUCGUCAACUCCCUAGGCAAGCGUGUGAAACCCUACCUACCCCAGAUCUGUGGUACCAUCCUGUGGCGUCUCAAUAAUAAGUCUGCUAAAGUGCGACAGCAGGCUGCAGACCUCAUCUCCCGUAUCGCCAUCGUAAUGAAGACUUGUCAGGAGGAACGUCUGAUGGGCCAUCUUGGCGUUGUGUUAUACGAGUACCUGGGAGAAGAAUACCCGGAGGUGCUGGGUAGUAUCUUAGGAGCCCUUAAGGGCAUUGUUAAUGUCAUCGGAAUGACCAAGAUGACCCCUCCUAUCAAGGACCUGUUACCCCGUCUCACACCUAUCCUCAAGAACAGACACGAGAAAGUGCAAGAGAACUGUAUAGACUUGGUGGGUCGGAUAGCCGACCGUGGGGCGGAGUAUGUGUCCGCCCGUGAGUGGAUGAGGAUCUGUUUUGAGCUCCUGGAGUUACUGAAGGCACACAAGAAAGCCAUCAGAAGGGCAACUGUCAACACAUUUGGUUACAUUGCUAAAGCCAUUGGUCCCCAUGACGUGCUGGCUACUCUACUGAACAAUCUCAAAGUACAGGAGCGACAGAACCGUGUAUGUACGACAGUGGCCAUUGCCAUUGUGGCCGAAACGUGCUCACCCUUCACAGUACUACCAGCCCUGAUGAACGAAUACCGUGUUCCUGAACUUAACGUACAGAACGGUGUACUCAAGUCUUUGUCUUUCAUGUUUGAAUACAUCGGUGAAAUGGGCAAGGAUUACAUUUACUCCAUAGCUCCACUACUAGAGGACGCCAUGAUGGAUCGAGAUCUGGUCCACAGACAGACAUCAAUGGCUGCCAUACAGCACAUGGCUCUGGGAGUGUUUGGUUUCGGCUGUGAGGAUGCCCUUACACAUUUACUCAACUAUGCCUGGCCAAACAUCUUCGAGACAUCCCCUCAUGUUGUCCAAGCUUUCAUGGGGACUAUUGAGGGAAUGAGAGUGGGACUGGGUCCAUCUAAAGUUUUACAAUACACAAUGCAGGGACUGUUUCAUCCGGCGAGAAAAGUUCGUGAUGUGUACUGGAAGGUGUACAACACUGUGUAUAUUGGUGCUCAGGACGGUAUGAUCCCCGCUUAUCCGCGUGUACCUAAUGACGCCAAGAAUCAUUACAUCCGAUAUGAACUUGACUACAUUCUCUGAUCAUAUCACUCAUCCUCAUGACAAAAUAACAGUUUUCACCAGAAAAUGCUUCAUCCGAUUUAUCCACAGAUUGGCGAGUUCGGAUAAUGAGUUAAUGCGAAGAUGUCUUUGUGUUGUACAACUCUCCAAGUGUGGAAUGUCUCCACUUUGUGUUAGAUGUGACAUCAACUCUCCAAGUGUGGAAUGUCUCCACUUUGUGUUAGAUGUGACAUCAACUCUCCAAGUGUGGAAUGUCUCCACUUUGUGUUAGAUGUGACAUUAACUCUCCAAGUGUGGAAUGUCUCCACUUUGUGUUAGAUGUGACAUCAACUCUCCAAGUGUGGAUCGUCUCCACUUUGUGUUAGAUGUGACAUUAACUCUCCAAGUGUGGAUCGUCUCCACUUUGUGUUAGAUGUGACAUCAACUCUCCAAGUGUGGAAUGUCUCCACUCUGUGUUAGAUGUGACAUAAACUCUCCAAGUGUGGAUUGUGUCCACUGGUCUGAAUUGAAUGUAUCUUGUGUGCAAAUUAAAGAUAAAUUGUCAGGAUUUUACUUUGAAAUUCACACAUAUAGUAAAAGCACAGUAUUGUGCAAGAUAGGAGACAUUAAAAGAAGAUCAUGGCAAGAAAAAUAAUGUUCAAACACCUAAUAAACAUAUUUCAAAGCAUAAAAAACUUUCCAAAUUCCAAUAGUAACAUCUCCAAAAUUACAAAUGAAAAAGAUGGAUUUGUUAUUAAAUAAUUUCUUUGAAUACUCCGUAUAACAGUUCAAUAGAAAGUCAAGAAUGUAAAGAUGUGCUUCUAGAGUUUCCAGUAAAAUACUACCAUAACUAGUGGUAUGUAUAUGUAUCUCCUUGUGAAACGGAACACAUUUUAUUUUGUUGGUGGUGAAGUUAUUGUACAGACUUCUGGUCAUUUAAACACUUCAGGAUUGUCAUGUGGUUUCUGGAUUUGAAUGAAGAGGAAACAUCUGUGGAAAUCUUGUAAAAAUAUACCAUGAAGUGAAUUUUCUAAAGGCUUAAAAAAAACUGUAUAGAAUAAUUGUGACAUGUGAUGUCCAGUGUGCUAUGAAGUAGAUUUUCUCUGCUUGGGCAGGCAAAGAUCAUGUUGUCCUGUGUCUAUGUACAGGCGACGGUUGUGAUGUCUGCGUACUUGACCAGGUGACAGUCGUGAUCACCAACUACCAAAUUUAGAUGAUUGUGUAACAUGAGUUGCAACAGUGUCUAUUGUUAUGAUAUUGUUAAUAAUCAUGAUGUAAUAAAUAAUGCACAGGA